AUGCCUUCUAAGACUCCCAAGGCCAGCAAGGCUAGUCAAUCCCCUGGUGAAUCUCCGGGUCCUGUCAAGACUCCAGGACGUCGAUCUACUCGUCGAUCUGCCCUCUCCAACCCGGCCCGGUCUCCAGCGUUCCCAUCGACCCACAAGAUCAUCGUCGGUAUUGACUUUGGUACCACAUUUACUGGUGCGAGCUAUGUGAGCUCCCAGAGCUCUGAAAUCAGCGAUAUCAUUGUCAUCGGCAGAUGGCCCGGUCCAACACGGGACACGGACUAUGUCCUCAAGACCCCCACUCGGAUUGCAUACGCCGAAAAGAAUCCCCAGAUUCAGAAAGAUCUAUGGGGCUUCCAGGUUGAGCCUGGGAUGAAGGCAUCUUCCUGGUUCAAACUCCAACUCGAUGAAAGCACCUCCUCGCCCGAAUACGAAGACUCUACACUGGAACAUGCCAGCCAAACUGGCAUCAUGCAGAUACCCUAUGGCAAGACUGGCGUCGAUGUUACCGCUGACUACCUGUCUGGAGUCUACCAAUGCGUCCUCAAUGUGAUCGGCAAACAAAUUACGCCUGAAGCUCUCCACAUGACGCCGUUGGAAUUCUGGUUCACAGUUCCGGCUAUCUGGUCUGAUAGUGGGCGAAACUUAACCCUCGAAGCUGCUCGUCGUGCAGGGUUCGCAAAGGACAAUUUGCGACCCUAUGACACCAUCAAUUUGAUUCUUGAACCCGAGGCUGCUGCCAUCACGGCUUUGAUGAAGAGCUCCGGUACUGGACUGGGAGCGAAUAUCAAGCCUGGAGAAGGUGUUCUGAUCUGUGAUUGUGGGGGUGGAACAGUGGUGAGUUUACAGGCCGAUCCGUCAAUGAAUGGUGAGACACUGAUUGCCCAGGACAUCACAACAUACCUAGUCACCCAGAAACAGCCCAAUCUGGCCUUUGAAGAGCUCUGCGUUGGGACUGGCGCCAAAUGUGGAUCAACUGCCAUAGAUCGCAAAUUUUACCAGCUAAUGUCCACACGGUUCGGCAGUGCAUUUGACAAGCUUCCUAUGAAGCUUAAGGGCCCUGGCAGUGACUUCAUGAGCGCAUUCGAGACGAUCAAGAGAAACUUCGGGCCGUCCGACAACAAGACUUCCUACCAGCUUCCACUGAAUAUGAAAAUCCACAAGGCCAAUCCGCGAUACUUUGACGAAGAUGAGCGUUUGGUUUUUAUCUCAAAGGAGACCCUUAUCUCUCUCUUUGACCCAGUCGUGAAGAAUAUCCUCGGUCUGGUUCGCCAACAAAUCAAAGAUGCUCGCAAAGAGGAGGGGAAGGACAUCAUCAAGCAAAUCAUUCUUGUCGGUGGUUUCGGUGACUCCGAGCAUCUUUUCGAUGCCUUCGAGAAGGAGUUCGGUUCCAAGAAGAUUAAAAUCACUGUUCCUGACAACCCGCAAGCGGCCAUUGUUCAAGGUGCUGCCCUCCGCGGCAUUCAAAGUCUUCGUUCUACCACCAGACGGUGUCGGCGAAAUUACGGAUACGAAUGCUGGCGACCAUUCCGCGAGGGCGUCGACAGUGAGUCCAAUUCUUUUAUUCACCCAGUGACAAGCGAAAAGAUCGCUUAUGGUUAUGUGGAAUGGUUCAUCAAGAAGGGCGAAAAGUACCAUGAGAAUGAGGCUCGCUCUAUAGCAGUGGAUGUUGACCUGCAGGAGGGUGCAAUGGAAAGGACCGAUCCACUUCUCGCCUGCGAUCUCAAGAAUCCACCGGAAAGAGCCGAUUCGGAUGAUAUCUACGAAGUCGGGCUCAUUACCAGCGACUUUGAGGACGCAGAUCUCUCGAAGUUUAGAUCUAACGUCCAAAAUGGCAGCCGACACUACCUCAGCAGCGGAUACAGUCUUGAGAUCACGUUCGGAGCACAGGAGGGUAUCUUGAAGUUCCAAGGAAUCUGCGAUGGAAAGUCAAUCGGGCACAGCCAGAUUGAUUAUACCAAAUUCAAGGUCGAACGAGGGGCUUGA